AGAAAAAUAUGAGAUGGCAUUUGAGAGAUAUGUUAGAAGUGAUAAAGAUAUGAAAACUGAACUGAAUUAUGGGAAAAAGGCACCUGGUUUUCCAUCAUGCAUUGACUGGGAAAAUGUGAGAAGGGUGGUUCGGUUUUUGGAGCACUUCUACUACUUAACUGAGAAGGUUUUUGGUAGUUUAUAUACUACCAGCAACCUUCUCUUUCCUGAAAUUAGUGAGGUUGAUUGUUUGUUAAAAUCUUGGGAGAAAGAUGUGGAUGUAAAAGACAUGGCACAAUCAAUGAGGGAAAAGUUCCACAAGUAUUGGGGUACUCCUACAGAAAUGAACAAAAAUAUUUUCCAUGCUGUAGUUCUUGAUCCUAGGAACAAAUUAGGAUUUCUUGAAUUUUUAUUGAUAAAAGUGUAUGGUAAAGAACAAGGAAUGCAACAUGGUAAAAUGGUUUGUUGUGAAUUGAAGAGGUUGUUUGCUGAAUAUAAGAAAACAGUUUCUGGUGGUGGGCAAACUGUAGUUCUGGAGGGUAGUACUAGUGCUAGUAAUGCCCCUAGUGAGAGUGAGUCCAAGUAUAAGAGUAGGCAACAACUUAAGUCUGCUUACAAGAGGUUCAAAAUUGAGAAUGGGUUUAUGUCGGAGAAAACUGAGCUAGAUAAGUAUUUGGGAGAGGAUGUUGAGGAUGAUAAUGAUGAUUUUGACUUACUUGGAUGGUGGAAGUUGAAUGCUCCAAGGUUCCCUGUCUUGGCAGCAAUGGCCAGAGAUGUUCUGGCUUUUCCGAUUUCAACUGUUGCUUCUGAGUCGGCUUUUAGCACGGGAGGGAGAGUUCUUGAUGCUUUUAGAUCAUCUCUAACCCCAAGAAUGGCACAAGCCCUUAUUUGUGCCCAAGAUUGGUUGCGGAGUAAAUCGAGAAUAGUUUCGGAAGAGGAAGACUUGGAUCUGUUGGACGAUCUCGAGAAAGAAUUUGACAAAGUGCACAUGGAUUCUGCCAUUCUAGAAUGAAUGGCUUGAAGGUUUAGUCUUUGGUGUUAUGGUAGUAGGUAAAGUAAUCUCACUCAUUUUUAACUAACUUCAUCAUGUUGGAAUUAAUUAGGCACUGGUAG